GAGCACUCAGCAGAUAGACGGAGACAGAGACGAGGACAGCACAGAGAGACCCGAGACAGCGCCAGUGUGUGUUCUGUCUCUCUCUCUCACACACACACACACAUGCACGCGAGCGAACGAGUGCGCACGCGCCGACACUCUCUGGAAGAGCAUCUCUGAUCGUGCGCGCGAGGAGGAGAAGGAGGAGAGUGUGUGUGUCGGCGUUUCUGAUGCCAGAGAGGUAAACACAUACAGACAGACACACACACACACACACACACACGCGCUCUCUCAGGCUUAAGGACGCGUAUGGACGCGCUCGUGUGACUUAUGGACAGACGCGAGGAGGUGACGGCGAGCAGGAGACGAGGAGAGACGCGCACGCUCACGGACAGACAGAUGAGGACGCAGCCGUCACACUCCAGACCUGGGUGUGUAGAGUGAAGGGAGGCUCAUGGCUUCAUUAUGGGGCCUGGGCUGGCCGGGGUGGCUGGGACUGGCUCUGGCCUUGACGGCCGUCCCGUGCACAGGCUGCCCUCCUCGCUGUGACUGUGCGGCGCAGCUUCGCUCCGUAUCCUGCCAGCGAAAGCGCCUGUCUGGUGUACCGGAGGGCAUCCCGACAGAGACCAGACUGCUGGAUCUGAGCCGGAACCGCUUGCGCUGGGUGGCUCCAGGAGAUCUGGCUCCGUACCCGCGUCUGGAGGAGCUGGAUCUGAGCGAGAACCUGAUCAACACACUGGAGCCCAACGCCUUCGCCAGCCUGCAAGCCCUGCGGACGCUGAGACUCAGAGGAAACCAGCUGAAGCUCGUGCCCAUGGGAGCCUUCGCACGGCUGGCCAACCUCACCACACUGGACCUGAGUGAGAACAAGAUCGUCAUCCUGCUGGACUACACCUUCCAGGACCUGCGCAGUCUCAAGAACCUGGAGGUGGGUGACAAUGACCUGGUCUACAUCUCUCACAAGGCUUUCUCAGGACUGAUCGGUCUGGAAGAUCUGACCAUCGAGAGAUGCAACCUGACUUCUGUAUCGGGCCAGACUCUGUCUUACCUGCGUAACCUGGUGACCCUGCGACUGCGGCACCUCAGCAUCUCGGCCCUCGAGGACCAGAACUUCCGCAAGCUGUCUGCGCUGAGAGGCCUGGAGAUCGACAGCUGGCCGUACCUGGAGUACAUCUCUCCGCUGAGCUUCCAGGGUCUCAAUCUGUCCUGGCUCUUCAUCACCAACACCAACAUCAGCUCGGUGCCGUCGGCCUCCUUCAGGAACCUGGCUUACCUGACGGCCCUGAACCUCUCUUACAACCCCAUCUCCACGCUCGAGUCCUGGGCCUUUCGAGACCUCAUCAGACUGAAGGAGCUGCACAUGGUCAGCACCAACCUGCUCACGGUGGAGCCUCACGCUCUGGGGGGUCUGCGUCAGAUUCGGGUCCUGAACCUGUCCAACAAUGAUCUGGUGACUCUGGAGGAGAGCUCCUUCCACUCGGUCAACAGCCUCGAGACGCUCCGUGUGGACGGGAACCCGCUGUCCUGUGACUGUCGUCUGCUGUGGAUCCUGCAGCGCAGGCGCACCUUAAACUUCGACGGGAAGAUGCCGGUGUGCGCCGGACCCCCGGAGGUGCAGGGAUACCUGCUUAGCAUGUUCACCGAUUCGGCGUUAUUCGACUACUUCACCUGCCAGAAGCCUAAGAUCCGCAACCGGAAGCUGCAGCAGGUGACCGCUCACGAAGGCCAGCCGGUGUCGUUCCUGUGCCGCGCCGAAGGCGAGCCGACGCCGGCAAUCAUCUGGAUUUCACCUCAGAGACGGAGGAUCACUUCCAAGAGCAAUGGCAGGAUUACGGUCCUCCCCGGUGGGACGCUAGAGAUCCGUUACGCGCAGGUCACGGACAGCGGCACGUACAUCUGCAUCGCCAGCAACGCCGGCGGAAACGACACCUACUUCGCCACACUGACCGUCAAAGGCCAGCUGGUGGAUCCGGGGCUCUUCGCCAACCGCUCGCUGUACGCGGUGGACUUCAACGACACCGGGCUCAACAGCACGCGCGUUUUCCUCAAGUUCACGCUGGAUUUAACCACCAUCCUGGUGUCCACGGCCAUGGGCUGCAUCACGUUCCUGGGCGUGGUGCUCUUCUGCUUCCUGCUGCUGUUCGUGUGGAGCCGAGGACGAGGACAGCGCAAGAACAACUUCACCGUGGAGUACUCCUUCAGGAAGACCGAGGGACCCGUGACCACCAGCGCAUCCGGAGCCACGCGCAAGUUCAACAUGAAGAUGAUAUGAAACCACGCAGCCAGGGGUCCUCGGGGAGAAGCAUAGACGCCCAACACUAACACACACACAGUGCUGAAUCGCAGAAUACACACGCCGUAUGACCGCAGAAACGUGAGGACCGCGCAGUGUUAUUUUAGUAUCAUUAAUAUAAGAUUUUAUAUAUAUCGUAUUUUUCUGACUGUAAGUCGCACCUGAGUAUAAGUCCAAAAAUACGUCAUGACAAGGAAAAAAAAACAUAUAUAAGUCGCACUGGCCUAUUAGAUGCAUUUAUUUAGAACCAAGAACCAAGAGAAAACAUUACCUUCUCCAGCCGCUAGAGGGCGCUCUAUGUCUUCAGUGUAUGCUACAGGAGAACUGAGCAGCAUAGAGCGCCCUCUGGCGGCUGGAGACGGUAAUGUGAACUCUUGGUUCAUGUCAAAUUCAUUUUCAUAAAUAAGUCGCACCUGACUAUAAGUCGCAGGACCAGCCAAACUAUGACAAAAAGUGUGACUUAUAUAGACUUUUAGUUAAAGUAAUUUUAUUGUAGGUUUUUGUCACUUUUAUUUAUUAGGUUUUAUUGAAAAUAGAGUUAGAGAUUUGUAUUUUUUUGUUAUUUUUUUAUUAUUUUGAAGGUUUUUGGAAGUUUUAUUUAUUUAUUUUGUUUUUUAAAUAUGUUCAUUUUAGUUUUUAGUUCUUUUCAGCUUUUUGUGGUUUAAGUAUUUCAACUUAAACUUAACAAAAAUGUAUAUAUAUAUUGUUUUUUUAUUAUAGUUUAAAGGUUUAUUAAUUGUGCUAUGUGUUUUUGAUUUACUUUUUUUUUAUUAGUAAAAUAAAGACAUUAUUAUUAUUAUUAUUAUUAUUAUCUUAUUUUACUAUUAUCUUAUUUUAUUUCAUCUAAUCUAUUAUUAAUAAUAUAUUUACAUUUAUAUUUAAUAAUUUUGCAUCUGUUUUUGUCAGUUUUACUCAUUUUAAAUUUUAAUUAUUUCUAUUUUUCUUUUUGUAAAAUAUGUAUAUUUAAUUUUUAGUUUAAGUUUAUUUUCAGUAGUUUUUGUAUUUCAACUUAAAUUCAGGUAAUGUACUUUUUUUAAUUUUUUUUAAAAAUAAUCUUAGUUAAUGGUAAUAACACUGCGCUCUUGUUCUCACAGCCUUUCUGCUGCAGCUGCUGGUUAAAAAAUACUCGAACAAAUGGUGACUUUUUCUCACUUUUUGUCAAUUGGGGAAACCUCAGAUCUGCAUCCGCAGUUUUACGCACGAACCGCUUUCCCUUCACAGAGAAAAUUACAAUUCUAGAAUCAGCCGCAGUGUCGUCUCUGGAUGAGAAGUAAUGGCGUGUAAUUUUUCUCUUUAGAGUAAGCUAAUUAGCAUAGUCAUUUAGAGACAAACAAAGCUGAGUUGAUUUCCAUAAUGCACUCUAAUGCGACGCCCACUUUCACCAAACCACUAAAUUAUACCUGAUUUUGCAAACUGUAAUAACGUUUGUUCUGCAUCGCACAAACAAACAAGCAUGCAAACACUAUCAAACGAGUCAUUCCAGCAUUAACUUGGCUCUGCGAUGAGCAUCUGUGUGAGUUGGGAAAAACGCACCGGCAUCAGCUUUUGCUUUUAACGAGCCUGGACCGGGCUGACGAGGGGUCGGAUGAGGUCAGGGUUGCCGCUUACCCACAAUCCCCCUCGUUCGGCCUCGGUCCGUGCACAAGCCGACAACACGCUGGCCUUCAUGGGGGGAGGCUGCAUUGUUGUCGGAUCCGCUAGACGUCAGGAACACAGAGAAACAUGCACACACACACACACACACACACACACUCUAGAGCCAUAUAUUUACACGAGGUUUACAUACACAAUAGUGCACUUUGAAUCAUAUUCCGUUUGCAAUAACUGCAUAUUUUAUUUUUGUACUCAGCCUCAUUCAUGCAUUUAUGACUAACUAGUGUUAUUAUAGUGCUUCACUGUGAAUUCAUUUUCUGUUUCUAUUGCACAUUAUAUACAGUAUAUAGAUUAGCAUGGACACAAUAAUGCAUAUGGUGCAUGGUUUUCUCUCGUCCUGAUGCUCUUUGCGUUUUGCGGCCGGUGUGUGACCGUCUCUGCUUCUCCUGCCCAGUCCGAACCCCCAUGUCAUUUCCCAAAUCCGCCCCCCCCCCUCGACUGGGUCUCAAUGAGGGAGGGUCCCUGGCUGGUGACCACUAAGAUGGACAUGAAUUCAUGUCGCCCAUCUACUCCACGUGUCUUUGACUGUAGAGGGUAUUCUGUGUUUAUUAUAUUCAGAUCAUUUGUUUGCAAUGAGUUAUUGUACUACUUUGUGUCUUUUCUUUAGUGUUUUAAACACGUUAAUUGAAAUCACGACAGAAUCUGUUUUCAACACCGGAGCCGCUCAACAUGCAAUGUUUCUGAGAAGAUGCAUUGUUAAAUUUGAGGACGAACUUAUCUGUGCAUCAUGCAUAUCUAAUAACCGACAGCUGGUGUUGAGAACAGAUGAGUUAACCAAUUAUCUACAAGAGCCAUAAAUGAAGAAUGUUGUAAUUUAGACUCACCUGUCCUGGAGUGUGUGUGCAAUAUGAGAAACACAGUCAAAUCUGCUGGAUAUCACCUACUACACCUGGGUUAUAACUACUUAAUCUAAAAGCAUUAAGCAUGUGUUACUAGAAAAAAAACAAGAAUUGAAAUGUAUUAAAAGUAAAAUGUUAAAAACCAAAUUUGUAAUUUUCAUUUAGUCUGAAUUUAUGAAUAAAAUAACUAAAACUGAAAUAAAAUCGAAUAAAAACUAUACUCCUGUAACUAAUAAAAAAAUUACAUUUAUACAUCAAAAUGGCAAAAACUUUAACUGAAAUUAAAAUGAAAGAUAUAAAAAGGAAUUCAAAACUAUAAUUAGUAUCUAAAAAAAAAACGUAUAAUAAUAAUAAUUAAAAAAAAGCUUUAAACACAAGCCAAUGGCAUGCAAAAUUAAAAAUCUAAGUGUGUUGUUUGUUGUUUUAUAGUGCACCCCGAAAUACAUUUGAUGUAGAAGCAAUUUUCAUUUAGAAAUGACUAAUACAUUUCUCAAAUAAUUAAAAGAAAUCGCAAGAUGCACAUUGAAUUAUGCUUCAAAUUUUGAAGUUGAAAGACUAAAAUAGUAUUUUUUUUUCUUCUUCGUAAAGAAGAUUAGGAAAUGUUACAGUUCCUAUAAUCACUCAUUACUAUCAACUGCGUAAUAACUGCUGUUGUCUUCUACUGAAACAAUAAUAAUGAUGGUUUAUCAGACCGUCACAGACUGAAUGUGUGAUGCUCCAUUGAGCUUGACUUACAUAAGAGUCCUGGAGUGACGCUAGUUAUGCUUAAUAUCUAUAUAUCAGUAACAUGGCUCUUUAAUGAUCGGUGUAAUCUGUGAUGACAGUAAGAGGUUGCUUUAAUCUUGAUAGGACUCCGCUUUAUGAUAUCAUCCACUUUGUUAAGAAACACAGAGUGACAUAAGACUAGAGCGUGACGUCCAGCCGGUUUGACUGUUUUCUGGUCUGGUCUGGACGAGGUGAAGUAAACAUAUCAGGUUUUGUGACCCUUCGCUGUUUGGUUCGCCCGUGGUCCUCAGACCUCGCCGACAUCAUCCACAGUCGUAGGUUGGAGUCGUGCUCGUGUGAGUACAGUAGAUGUUGUCUACAGUGGCCUGUGAUUCGAUGUUGUUGAUGGGUUGAACUGUUUUAGUUUAGCUCUUUCUGUUAGCGUUAGCCUCUAGCCGUGCAGUCAGUCACUGUGUUUAGGUGUGGUGAUGAUAGAACGAGAGAACGGAGGCUCAGCCGGGCUUCCUCUUAACCUCCUUCCUUCCCAACAACCCCAACGCAUUCAUGAACCGGACGAUGGACUGAGUCCGCUGUUUAAAUCAGAAAGGAUCUGUAAAGUGUAACAUGUUUGUACCCUUCUCUGAAUUUAACCCACAUUGUUUCUAAAAUGCCUGAUGCAAGAUGAGCGAAAUUCAGAAUUUGAGAAUUUUUAGUGGAAUUGCAACUUGAAGUUUUGAGUUUGUAGCUUUUAGUUGCAUUUCAGUUUUCAAUUAACUAUGAGUAUUUAAUAGUCAUACCAAGUCUCAACCAAAUAGAGAAAAAUCUUUAAAAGUUUAUAUUCUUUAUAUAUUUCUUUUAUAUUUUUUUUUGCAAUUUUCUAGUUUUGGUUAUUUUAUUAUGUCAACUUGCACCAAAUUAAAUCAUGCAUUUUUUUGGCAAUUCAAGUAAUAGUUUAGUUUUCAUUUUAAGUCCUCACUACCACCCUGCAAUAAAACUAAAGUUAACUAAUUAAAUAUAAUACCUGUAAAUUAAAAGAAAAAAUAAUUCCAUAGGUGGCAUUUGAAACGUUGCUAAUCUAAUGCUUUCAAAAUAUGUUGUUUUGUAGCAAAUUCAUACUGUAACUUCAUUACAAUUUAGCAUCCCUUGCAUCUCAAAAAUGCUUAAGAGCAUCUCAACUCGGUUCUGAAUGAUGCUCAGCUCUUGAACACGCAGCUUCCGGCGUUUGCGCAAGAAUCUGUGAUUGUGUGUGAUCAUGUAUGAAAUGUCUGGAACAGCAAUACGUCAAUCACACGUUCAUCCAGGCCUCGCUGUCUCUCUCUCAGAGCUGCAUUACAACCACCAAACAUCUGCCAACAUUCAAGCACCAAGAGAAAUGGAGACGCUGGAAAUGUUUUACGCUUUUCUCUUGGUUUUCUCUAAACCAGUUUCUGGUCAAUUACUCGGGCUGUGUUCAGAAUACUAGCACACUGCGCUGUGUGUAUACUGCAUAUGUAUCUAUUUUAUUUUUUUUGUAUGUGCAGUGAUAAAUGUUUUAAACGGUGCUACGUUGUCGGGUUUUCCACCGUGUGCUUGUCGUGUACUGUACAUAUGAGUAAAUGCAGUAGGUUGCAAUCUGGGUUCUUUGCAUUUUAGAAAUAUUAUUCUGAACACAGCCGCUCUCUCACAUCAUCCCCGUGCCGUUUCUUCAUAUCAAAGAUAGCAUGUCCAAUAAAAGCUCAUCCGCUCUCAAACGGGAUCUUCUUUGUGAUUAAUACAUGUUGUGGAACAGAAACUAGGUCCCUUCUCAGUCUGGUCUGAUUCUCACAAACACGCUUUUGUUUUACAGAAAACCCUAAUUCACAUCCAAAGGACCCGUCCACAUUACACUCUAAUUUAGAGCAUCUCUUAAAGCUGCAGUAGGGAACUUUUGUCAAAAUAUAUUUUUUACAUAUUUAUUAAACCUGUCAUUAUGUCCUGACAGUAGAAUAUGAGACAGAUAAUCUGUGUAAAAAUCAAUCUCCUCUGGCUCCUCCCAGUGUCCUAUUGCUAUUUGCAGAAACUCAAUCGCUCCCGUUAAGAAACAACCAAUCAGAGCUGUGGUCUGUAACUUUGUUUGUGUUCAAAAUGUAGAAAAAUGUAUAUAAUAAGCGAGUACACCAUGAAUCCAUUCUCCAAACCGUGUUUUUAGCUUGUCCUGAAUCACUAGGGUACACCUAUAAUAAGUGUUUAUAUUCGGACUAUUUUAGAUUGCUUCGGAAUACCGCGGCGGAGUAACCCAGUACCUUUGUGAUUCUUCAUAGACAUAAACAGAGAGAAGUAGUUCCGGCUACGAUGUUCUUCCGCAAGACGCAAGCAGUUCUGUUUAUUAACCGCGAGAGCGUCAAAAGUUCCCUUCCGCAGCUUUAAAUAAAAACGGACUCUUUUAAUAAAACACCUGAAGUUCACAUAAGUGUAAACUGCUCUUAUUAUACAGCAAUGGUUCUGACCCAUAUACCACACAUGUGGGUCAUUAGUGUCAUAUCCAUUGUAUAAAAGUGCUACUGAUGCUGAUGAGAGUUAAAUAUGGCGGUCUUAACAACGCUCUUCAAUCAUUUAACACAUAAAACUCACAUGAGAGAGAGAUAUAUUGUAGUUCUAGGUGAUCUAUACUUCUAUUUUAUUUCAUGCUUGGAGCAUGUGUGCUCUGGGGUGAUUUUAUCACGUGACGUCACUGCCAUCUAGUGGUGAAACACCAAAACAUUGAGACCCUCCAUCCUUCAGUUUUGAAGCUCUUCACCUGCCAUGUGCUCAAGAAUAAUUUUAUGCAGAUAUAAAUAUGACUGUUAGUCUCAUAAUACAUGUCACUGUUAAAGGCUUUUCUACCGAAAACUCUCAUGAACUCCAUUUCCGUGGACCGUACUCGGAUAAGAAAAACUAAAUUAGUGUUAGUGCUGUAUGACGCAGAAUUUUUAGAGUUAAAUGUGUGUGAAAAGAAAAGGGUGUCGUGUCUUAAACUCGACAGUUGUUCAUAUUUCUACUUGUGAUUAACUAGGAGUGCUGUUCUUCAGAAAGCAUCCAUUUGGGAUUUGUGCAUGCCUUCUUUACACGUUAUGACAUUUCGGUCCGUAAACGCAUCCCUGUACUUCACCGGAUGUCUUUAUUGCUGGCUAUGAGAUUGGAUGGGAACGGUGUUUGACUGUCUGAAUAUGAGCCAUAAUCUCGUGAGAUGUUUCACAGUUUGUGAAUAUUUCAGGUAUUGCAUGAGACACAUAGGAGCCUAAUCAUGCAAAGCUUCUUAAUGUAGAAAGCAAUAUAUUCUUGUCUUUUGCUUGUGUAUACUCUUCAUCUAUCUAUAGUUCAGAGAUGUCAGAGAGGAAGAGUUGUGGGCAUUAAUAAAGCGUUAUCGAGCUCAGAUAUCAUUGCCAUAUCGUUGAUAUUUGAAGUCGGUGUGUCAUUUUCAUGCACGUCACUUUAAUUCGCUCUUCAUGUGUGUGUUUAACCUUUGCUAAACCUUCCAGGAGGUUUACAGAAAAGGCAGUUUUCAACUCGAUUAGUUUGUUUCCGUCCAAUCUCACAGCAGCCCGGUCUCGUCCAUUAUAAUGUGUAUGAAUGUUGUUUUGUUUAUCUGUUGUUUUCUAUGCAUAUGUUUGUUUUAUACUGUUUGUCUUGUAAAAAAGAGCAAAGAGCUUUUGAUUCAUAAAAGCAUGUUUGACCCUG